AUGAAGCGAUUUACGAAAGAUUAUAUCGAGCUGGGCGCUGAUCUUCUUUUUCUGUUCGCCAGCCAGAAGGCUGCUGGUCAUCUAGUCACAAGUGCCCUUUUGUCCGAAAAGUAUUGCACAAUUCUGGCCGAUCCUGGAGAAGAAAACUUGGAUGCGCCGGUAGUAGCCUCAACGACGAGGAGGAUGACAGCGUUAAGUGCAAUCGAUUUUCGCGUUCUUUUACGCAGCCUGGCAUUCUGUGCAAAGCCUUCCACUGACCGAUGCCUCAGAGGUCAAGAUGUUUGGCAAUUGAAAGAUGAUGUGGUCCCAAUCGCGUCGGCCUGGUUGACCACCAAAUAG